AGAGAUCGCUGGCUUUCGACCGGCGGUUGAGAGUUUGUAUGAGGUAAAUAAAGCAGUUAAAAAUAUAGCUUAAUUUCAAUCAAAUGUACUCUAACAGUUUAAGUGGAGCAAUUUUAAAUAAUAUUAGAUUAUUGUAAUACUUUAUUAUAAAGUACUGAGAGUCGCUCUCUAGUAUUAGAGCCCACAUUUAAGGUACAAGACGACGAGCAAAAAUAUUAUAUUUACUUUCCAAACUAUGCAGAUGCUGAAGAAACAAUCUUAAAUGACACAAUCUUCAGUGAAGUCACUAUCACACCAGUUCAUCUAUAAAUACUGUGAAGAAGUCAAACAAGCAGCUGCUGUCACAACACAUUCAACUACUCUACUAUUCUGAUCCACUGUUGUAAUGAUGGAGUGUGUUAAAGAGGAGACUGAUCCUGAAUCAUUCACAAUAACACCUCAACAUACUCAACAACAAAGAGACUUGGUAGAAGAGAAAGAGGAAGGUGAAGAAUGCAAUGAACUAAAGGAUGAACAUCAGGACCACAAUUUUAUGACUGACAGCUGCUCAGAAACUGAUGAGAAUUCCCCUCAAGAAAGAGUUGAUGGCAAAAUUGUUUUUGAAUGCCAUCUUUGUGGUAAGACUUUCUUACAAAAAGCGUACCUCAAGUAUCACCAAAGGAUUCACACUGGUGAGAGACCUCACGCAUGCUCCCACUGUGAAAAGACUUUCAUCCAUAAAAGCCAUCUUAAUAAUCACAUAAUAAAACACACUGGUGAGAAACCUCACGCAUGCUCCCAGUGUGAGAAGACUUUCCUCCAAAAAUAUCAACUUAAGUACCACAUGAUGAUUCACGCAGGUGAAAGGCCUUUUGCCUGCCCUCAUUGUGAUAAACGUUAUAUUAAUAAAGGAAGUCUUAAGGUUCACAUAAAGACUCACAGUACUGAAAGGCCGUACAUCUGCCCUCAAUGUGGAAAGAGUUUCCCAUUAAAAGGAACUCUUAAGAGUCAUAUGAUAACUCACACUGACGCAAAGCCUUUCUCUUGCUCUCAGUGUGGUAAGAGUUUUUUACGUAAGGGACACUUAAAUGCUCAUGGGAGAGUCCACACUAGUGAAAAGCCGUACACCUGCUCUCAUUGUGGAAAGAGUUUCUCAUUUCAAUCGAAUCUACAGGAGCACAUACGAAUUCACACUGGAGAGAAACCUUUCACAUGCCCUCAGUGUGAUAAGAGAUUUAAAAAACAAGUAGAUCUUAGACGUCACAUAAGAAUUCAUACAGGUGAGAAACCUUUCGCGUGUCAUCUGUGUGAUAAAAGUUUUACACAAAAAGAAAGUCUUAGGUAUCACAUACGAGUUCAUACAGGUGAGAAGCCGUACUCGUGCCAUCUGUGUGAUAAGAGUUAUAUACAAGCAGAAAGUCUCAGAGUUCAUCUGCGUGUUCACUUGAAGGAAAGACCUUUUAACUGCGAUCAGUGCGAUAAGACGUUUGUUACAGCAAGGCAGCUGAAAAGGCACCUACCGAUUCAUUCAGAUGAGAGGCCAUAUUUGUGUUCUGUUUGUGGGAAGGGGUUUAUAUGUGUCGGGACUCGUAAUAGGCACCAGAAGGAACAUGACGGUGUAAGAAACCAUGUGUGUUCUGAGUGUGGAAAAGCCUUUAUGAACGUCUCAGCUCUAAACCGUCACCAAAAGAUCCAUAAAGAAAAACCCUAAAACUCUUAUCUUACAGAGAAAACUGCUGUCUGCAAAGAUCAUCUUCAGUCUUCAGGUCUAAGCACAAUGAAAUGCAGAUAAACCUCACAACUGUAUUACUCCCAAAAAUUAUUUCAAUGCAUUAUUCAGAGCAGGGUUCCUUGAUAGGCAGCAGUGGGCCACACCUGGCCCGCAAGAGAAAAAGGUUUGGCCCCAUAAAGUCAAAUAUCAUUGCUUUGACAAAAUUUAGUCCUAACAUUAGAGGUAUGAGGUCUUUACUCAUAAGCUAUACAAAAGCACAUGCACAAAAAUUUGCGAAUGCAUUUUUUUUGUGUAGAUGGUUUCAGCAGUAACAACUCUGCUUAGGGCUGUCACAAUGAUUAAAUAAUCUCAUCGUUAUUGUUUGACCUCAUCAUCACAGCACCUGUAUAAAUGAGACAGUAUCAGAUGGUACUCCUUAAAGGAACACGUCCACAUUUUGGGAAUUUCGCUUAUUCACUGUAUCCCCCGGAGUUAGAUAAGUCCAUACAUACCUUUUUCAUCUCCGUGCGUGAUGUAACUCUGUCUGACGCAGCCCCCGCUAGCUUAGCUUAGCACAAAGACUGGAAGUAAAUGGCACCAGCUAGCAUACUGCUCCCAAUAAGUGACAAAAUAACGCAAACAUUUUCCUAUUCAUAUGUUUUGAUUUGUAUACAUAGUAUACAUACAGGGAACUAUAUUCUCAGAAGACGAAGCACUGCUACUUUGGCGGAGUGAUUUGCUCGCAGCACCCAAGAAGUUCGGUCAGAGUUGCGCUAAUCACUCGAAUAUAGUUCCCAGUAUGUAUACUAUGUAUACAAAUCAAAACAUAUGAAUAGGAAAAUGUUUGCGUACAUUUUAUUAUUUUCUUUACAUCUCCUGACCACUAGGUGGCACUGUCCUAAAGGUUUGCAGGUGCUUUCAGAACAUGUCGCUGAUGAACCAUACCAAAUUUCGUAGCGAUACACCAUUCUGUUUGUGAAAUACUGAACUUAAUGAGAAAAUUCAAAAUGGCCGACACCCAAAAUGGCAGACCGAAAACUGUUUUUUAUCGUUAGACUCGAAUGCCUCAAGGAAUCUAACAAGACCACCUUCAUGAAUUUAGACUCAAGUUUGAAGUAGUUAUAAGUGAAAAUAGGCAUUUUUCGAAUCUCGUGACCACUAGGUGGUGCUGUGACGAAAAGGUGCAGGCACCCUCAGGUCAUGACUGUAAUGACAUAUACCAAGUUUCGUGUCGAUACACAUAAGUUUUGCGAAGAUACGGCCUCACGUCCGUUUUGGCGUGCUCGCCGCCGAAUAUGUUGUCCCUUUAUACGAGAAUGCAUUGGUCUAUCAAAAAGCUUUUGAUAACUUUUUGUCUGGGGUGUCUCUAGAUGCUACAUACAAAAGGACAUGCAAAUCAGACAAAGCUCUAGGAGGGGUUCGAAAAAGUAGGUUUUACGGAAAAUUUAAAAUGGUGGAAAGAUUUUCAUGACAGAAAUGACAUCAUAGAGUGAACUUGAAUCAUCAUAAGCUAAGGAUUCAUAGGAAACAAGAAUUUAGUUUCUAGGACUCACGGGUCAGAAGUUAUGGGCAUGAACAUAAGUGGAUAUUUGGACUUUUGGUGGCGCUAGAGGGUUUGACUUAGACACACCAAUGUUGCUAUAGUAACUUCUAAGACUGUCCUCUACAUGUGUGCCAAAUUUCAUAACUUUCCUACUUACGGUUCUAUGGGCUGCCAUUGACUUCAAUGGCAGAAGAACGAGGAAGAAUAAUAAUAGGAAAACUAACAAUAACAAUAGGUGUCUACGCCACUUCGUGGCUUGACCCCUAAGAAACAACACGUAGAUUACCUAGGAAACCAAAACAUUUUUUAUUUCCGACGAGGUAUUUGUUCAAGAUUUCAGUUUAGAAACUAGUCAGAUCAUUAAACAAACAAAAACCGGAGGUAAAGUUCUGAACAGAUGCAUAAUCGCAUCACCGUACUUGCGUCCGAUGAAACUGUCUAUAGCACAUAUAAGCAACUCAUGUUGGCUAAAGUGCUUUCAAUAAAACAAGCAUGGCAAUCCAGAUUUAUUGUUCGUUAAAUAACAUCAUUGAAUACAGCAACAAUAGCAGAGCUUACAUUGUGAUCAGUGGCCCUUGGCUUUGUAUUGUUGGCAAUAUUUGGCCUAUGGUGAAAACUAAUUGAGGAACCCUGAUUUACAGUAUGUUGUUUUGAUGGAGUGAAAUUUUUAUGUAUAGAUACUUUAAAAUAAACAUAAAACAUGUAUAAA